CCCCUUUGACUUGAAUUGAACAUUGUGACAGCGCCCCCUGUGGAUGAGACAUGAACUACAUGCAUUACCUCAUUCUACUGUAUCAGCUGCACGCUGUACGUUGCCAAUGACAACGGACUCCAAACAAACACAAGAACCCCCUACGUGAAGAGGCCUUCAGUCGAGUCAGUCUGGAAUAUUAACUCUUAAGGAGUUUGGUGUCUCAGGUAAAAUGAGCUCACCUUUGUCGAUGCUGAAGAAAACGAGGCGCACUCCACUGCAGGGCCCUCUGAAAGACCAAUGCGGCAGACAAAAAGUGCCUUUCAGGAGGAAUAUGUUAAAAGAAUUUCAGGAUGCAUUGGCUGACACAGAUGAAUCCUCUAAUCCCACCCAGACCUCUCACACUCCAGCCAAUGAUGCCUCCACUUCAAAGUCAAAAGCUCCAUCAAAGAAAGGUGCUCCACCAAGCGACUUUGAGCUCAUGUCAGCCAUGAUGCAGCGGGUCUGCCUGCUGGAGAAAAAGGUGAAGAGCCAAGCACAGGAGAUUGAACACAAGGAUAAAAAGAUUAAAGUGUUGGAGGAAAAGCAGAGGCUUCUGAAAGAAUCCGAGAGUAACCAUGAUCUGAGUGACAGAGACGAUCUUGAAGGAAGGUGCCAAAAGCUGCAGAACCAAAUUUUGGAAAUGGAAAGCUUUCUGAAUGACUAUGGUAUGAUCUGGGUGGGAGAUGAAGAGAGCCGUGACUCGGCUGAAAGUGAGCAGCCACGUAGCUCAGAGAGAGGCCUCUGGCAGCCAGAUGAAUCUGUGGUCAGGAGGUUCCACAUAAACUUUGACUUGGUGCUGCAGAGGAUCGAGGAGCUGAACAUCCUGGCGGGGGAUGGAGAGUGUUUCAUACAAUCGACAGCCAAAGGUGCACGGCUGGCAAAAAAGGAUCCGAUUCAGCUGAGUCUGUACAGAAACGGCAUCGUCAUGUUUGACGGUCCCUUCCGCUCCUAUCAAGAGCAAAGCACCCAGCGCUGCAUGCAAGAUCUGAUGGUCGGGUAUUUUCCAUCUGAGCUUCAAGAAAGAUUUCCAGAUGGUGUGCCUUUUGAGGUCCAUGACAGGCGAGAUGAGGAUUUUAUCUCGAGGCUGCCGUGGAAUAAGUUUCCUGGCGAAGGACAGGCUGUUCGUGAGGAGAAAGAUGAAUCAUCAAAUGCCGUCAGCUCUCAGUUGCCUGGCAAGAAGCCGAGCACGGAUCAGUUCCUGAACAGGCUACCGAAUGUGGUAGUAAAGGCUGGACGUGUGAUUGAUAUCAGGGACUCAGUGAGGGCGGCCCUGCAGGGAUCAUCUGAUGCCCGGAGCAGCAAUUCUGUGAUCCUCAUAGACACGCCGGCACUGCAAGCAAUGAAAAAGAGACUACAGACUUCCAACUCUGACCGUCCGCCGUCCGCCUGUGAUGUCAUCACACUCAAGGUGAAGUCAGAAGACGGAAAUCAUACUUACAUCCUGAAAAUGUGCUUCUCAGAAACAGUCGGGCAGCUGCGGGAGCAUCUCGACAAACACAGGGGGGGUGGUCUCCCCGGUUAUGACAUCAUCAGUGCGUUCCCACCGUGCUGCUUCGACGAUGACAGCCAGACGCUCUUAUCAUGUGGCCUCGCCACUAACGCUGCUCUGCUACUGCGAAAAAGCCCCCAUUCACAGACUGAUAAAGUAAAGUAAACAAAUAGAAAGGUUAUUAUGCAUCAGCCUACUUCCCAGCAGACAUUUCACUUGUCCUAGUAUUGAAAGCACCAGUGGCGGUUCUACACAGGGGCCUCCAGGGGCCACUGCCCCUGUGAAGAAGCCUUUGGCCCCUGCUGUGGCUCCUGUGUCAAAUUAAUAAUAAAAUGAUCAAUUUAUAACGAACGACGGAACAAUUCUUACCUAUUUUUUGUUCAAACAAUAUCUCAUUGUACACAAAAGGAACCCAGCAUGUGUACAAUGUAUA